ACCGUCACGCGCUCCCUCGGUCAUGCGCCUCCAAGUCGCAGCGCUCAGCGCCCUCUUUCUCGAGUCCGCCGUAUCCUACGAUUUCUCUGAUAUGGCAAAAUCGAUACUUCCUGCAAAAACAUUGGCCAAACGCGCAAAUACGACGGAUAUACCUCUGCCCAUCAAUGUGGAAGCAUCGCAAUACUGGGAUGGGGCUGAUGGACCUUGGUCUUCUUUCCCUCUCCAGGUCGGUACACCGGCGCAAGACGUGCGAGUCUUUAUCUCGACAAAUGGAUACACUACUUGGACAGUGAGGCAACUAGGAUGUCAAGGUCAGGCAUCAUCAGUAUCUGGAUGCGCAGAAUCACGCGGCGAACUUUUCUUGACCAACGAGUCAUUGACAUGGGUACCCAACUCCAUCUUUCAAUUGGGAUUGCCGAACGAGAUGGCCCUGGGUCUGGAUGCUGAGGCAAACUAUGGAUUUGACACCGUCACUUUGGGAUGGCAAGGUUCUGGCGGACCUUCAGUACAACACAGCACUAUCGCAAACAUGGCUACUUACGAGUUCUGGCUCGGGACCUUUGGACUAAACCCACAGCCAGCCAAUUUCACGACCUAUACAGAUCCCCAGCCAAGUUUCAUGACACAACUUAAGAGAAACAACACUAUUCCAAGUUUGAGCUGGGGCUAUACUGCUGGCAACCAAUAUCGUGAGCUAUCUCAGAUAUCAAGAAUGAGAUUGUGGCAAGUGCUGAUGAGUAACAGGNNCUACUCUGGAGUUUUUGGAAGUCUUGUACUUGGUGGUUAUGAUCAAUCCAAGUUCGAACCCACUAACCUGACAAUCCCAUUCGGUCCUGAUGUCUCAAGGGAUCUCCUCGUUGGGGUACAGGUCAUCACAACAUCAGACAACAUCCAACUGGCAGAGCCCUCUCAAUCUUUCUACGCUUUGAUUGACUCUACUGUAGCUUAUCUCUACCUGCCGGAGGUGAUCUGUACAGCUUUUGAAGAGAACUUCCACCUUGUCUGGGACGAUUACUAUGAAUACUACUUAGUCAACGACACUAUGCACAAGCGCCUGCUAGCAGACAGUACGGAAGUCACAUUUACCCUUGGACAAUCGACAUCAGGAGGACAAACGGUCAAUAUUACAAUGCCUUACUCAGCCUUCGAUCUGGAACUCGCUUUCCCCUACGUGGCCAACUCGACUCGCUACUUCCCUUUGAAGCGUGCUGCUAACGACACUCAAUACACCCUGGGACGUGCCUUCCUCCAAGAGGCAUACGUUGUCGCAGACUACGAACGCCGUAAUUUCACGGUCGCUCCUUGUGUCUGGCAGCAAAAUGCAGCAUCCGAAAUCCGCACGAUCUUCUCCCCUGACAGCGAAUUUUCGUUCGAUGGAAACGGCAAGAGCAGUGGUAUCAGUGGUGGUGCUAUUGCUGGUAUCGUGAUCGGUGUGCUCGCAGUCAUUGCCAUCCUUGCGGCAGCACUGUGGUUCAUGCGCCGCAAGAAGCAACAAAAGAAGUACGCAGCUGUGGAGUUGGAAGCAAAGUCCUUUGCUGCAGCACAAACACCAUCCGGACCCUCGUCGCCCAUGAAGGAGGAUCCUCACGCUGGUGUCAGUACACCUAUUGGCGGUGAGCUCGAUAGCUCGAGGCAGAUUCACGAGAUUGCUGGCGCGAGCAAGCCAAAUGCAGCCGAGAUGGACGCACCAUGGCGUGGCGAGUUGGAUGCUGCUGGUGGCCACCAUGAGUUCUAUGGCAAGCUACCGCAAAACACCUUCGAGAUGGAAGGAAACAACGAACCCAUUUUCGAAAUGGAUGCGACAGCGACACAACUACAUGAGCUGGAGCCCGAUACCAGACGUCAGAGUUGGGACUCGGGUGAUGAUAGAGGGGAUGAGAAGAGGUAUCUGCAAAUGCAAGGAUAC